UGUGCAUUGGAACAGCUUCCAUGAGAAAAUCCGCAUUUCGAUCGAUCCAAUAGUUUUAUAAGUGUUGUAUAUCUUUUAAAAAAAUAGAACAAAAUGCUUCCUGAAACGCUAGUCUUUGGAGUUGCACUGAUAGUAACCGGAUUGGUGCUAUUCUUGCUGAUUUAUUUUGUAAUUCUACUAUCGGACCUAGAGUGCGACCAUCUGAACGCCCAGGAGUGCUGCUCGAAGCUUAACUGUUGGGUUGUCCCGAAAGUGGCAGCCCACUGCUUUGUGUCGUUCAUCGUCCUGCUCAAUGGCAACUGGAUCCUGUUCCUAGUAAAUCUGCCGAUCAUUGGUUGGCUACUUUACGAUCUGUUCAAAGUACCGGCCGGUAAUCUGGGCAUCUACGACCCGGCUGAGAUCCACAAUCGAGGCAUGGUGCAGAAGCACCUCCGAAAUACGAUGAUCGAACUAGUAUUUUAUUUGAUUAUAUUUUUCGUCUAUGUGUAUUGUAUGAUCAUCGCUUUGCUGAAGGGAGACCCUAUCCGGCGACACGAAGAAGAAGAGUUUGUGACAGAUUUCUAGCCGUCGAUGAACCAGCUUAGUCCGAUGACUAGGCAGCGUUUUCGAUUUUAGAUAUUUAUUAUUACUGUUUUGCAUAAUCUCAAACGUGUGGAUUGUAUAAGUAUUUUAAUUUGACGGUUCCUAGCCGUUGUGUGUCGUAGAACUGAAACUUCGUAGAAAUGUCAUCAAUGCUCAUUAGUAAUAGGAAUACUUUUAAUUGCGUUUAUUUAUUCAUACGACCACCGCACUUUUACAGCGUCAUGCAAAUUUGUUCGAAAAGUUGAAAACGUAAUUUGGCAAUUAUGUAUACUAAUUCGCCAAUUUUUUAUUUUGCGAACAUUGGCAAUUUUUGGAACAAUCGAUUAAGGAAUUUUAAAUUUGCAGUGGUUUCAGUAGUGUUAAUUGAGGGAAGCCCAA